AUGUGUUUCCUGUUCCUGUCUGGGGGAGGAUGUUUAGAUUUUAGUUUGACAGGACGACUGCUUGGAGUUGUUGAUUUGGUUAAUCUUAUAGUAAAUGGUUGGUGAAUGCUAGUUGCUGAACAUUUAAGGUUCCAGUUUUUAUUUCUGCCUAACAAGGUAUUCUUCAAACACUCAGCACUGAGCAUCGAAGGGUGUGUUUUCAUCCUUAAACCUCAGGAUAUUUACAGUUAACUGUAAGCAUGGCUACAGAUCUGGACCUACAUGAUGACAAGGAGUUGGAUGGCAGAGGAUCCUUGGGACAGCUGAAGUUGACAUCGAUGGAUGAUCAAGACUGGCCAUCAGACGACUCGCAAAACUUAACUUCUCCAGAACCAAGAGAGUCAUAUGCUGAUACAACUCAUUUGAAAUGGGAUGAUCCUUACUAUGACAUUGCAAGGCAUCAUAUUGUAGAAGUUGCAGGAGAUGACAACUAUGGAAGAAAAGUUAUUGUCAUCAGUGCCUGUCGGAUGCCCCCAAACCAUGAGCUUGAUCAUCAUAAACUGCUGGGGUACCUGAAGCACACAUUGGAUCAGUAUGUUGAAAGUGACUACACUUUGGUAUACUUUCACCAUGGCCUCACCAGUACGAACAAACCUUCCUUAACUUGGCUGAGAAAUGCUUAUAAUGAGUUUGACAGAAAGUACAAAAAGAACAUCAAAGCUCUGUGCAUUGUUCACCCUACACUGCUGAUCAAAACGUUGCUCAUUCUUUUUAAACCUAUUAUCAGUUACAAGUUUGGAAGGAAGAUUAUGUAUAUGAACUAUCUGAGCGAGCUGGAUAUACACCUCAAAUGCAGACAACUAGUAAUACCUGCUCAAGUUCAAAAGUAUGAUGACCUUUUGCAGCUGUCACGGAAGUCUCCUUCACCACUCCAGAAAUCAACAGCAGCUGAAUCACCAUUAGCUGAUCAGCAGUUUGGAGUCCAUCUACAUGUCUUACGGCAGAAAAAUCCAGAGAAUGGGCUGAUUCCUCGAGUUGUUUUGGAAACUGUCGCCUUUCUAAAAGACUAUGCGAUUAACACAGAAGGGAUAUUUCGAAGAUCAGCAAAUAUACAGUUAGUUAAAAAAGUCAAGGAAAAGUACAACAUGGGUAAUACUGUGGAUUUUGUCAAAUAUGAAGACGUUCAUCUUGCUGCGGUUAUCUUGAAGUUGUUCCUUCGAGAGCUUCCCGAACCACUGCUGACCUUUGAGCUGUAUGAUGACAUAGUCAAGUUUAAUAGCACUGAUGAAAGUAAUGUUGUACCAGCUCUGCAGAAGAUGAUGCAGACCCUUCCGGAGGAAAACUAUGCUAUACUUCAGUAUUUGACCAAGUUUUUAGUUCAGAUUUCCUCUAACAGUGAAAAGAACAAGAUGACAAAUGCCAACCUGGCAGUAGUAUUUGGCCCCAAUCUACUGUGGGCAAGAGAAGUAGCCAUAACACUAAGUGCUAUCAACCCCAUCAAUUACUUCACGAAAGCCCUGUUGGACCAUCAGACUGAGGUGUUCCAAACAAGCCCAUGAUUCUGUCAUUUCUGCCACUGAUGGCUUUUUUGCAAGCACAUUGCCACCACCUCAAUGUAUUUCAUUUCAUGUAAAAUUUAUUUUUUCAAAAUUGUAACCAGGGAUGCAGUACUGUUUUGUGGUGAUGCUAAGGGUAAAUAUGCACUGUGAUUUCAGAUGAUGACAUAAUGAUUAUUCACUUUGUUUCCCUGCACUUUGGAAGAAAAAGAAGGAUGACUGUAUAGCACAUUUUGUAAGAAUAUGCCAAACCUAUUGGAUCUUUAACGUUUCUUUUGGGUUUUUAGACAUGCAGACAUUCAAGUGCAGGUUUGCACAUGCAUACGGACAGACACAGACACACACGUGCAUACACGCAUUCACUCAAUCGCUUAUUUUUUCUCAGGACUGCCACAACUGUACCAAAUUUUUGAAAUGGUUAGAUACGAUACAGUGCCAUUCUGCAUUACUUUAUUAUCAUUAUUGUUUUUGAAACAGUGAUUAGGAAGUACCAUUUAAGGAAGCCAGGACCUUAUGAACAUAAUUUGCAGUCAUCAGUUGGGAGAUGUGUUAUCGUAGCAUCACUGGUAUGUUGAAAAUAAUGAUGUAGGUGAUACUCCGUGCGUUUUCAGUAAAUGGUUGAACCUUGAAUGUGCCACAGCUGCACUGAAAGACAAAGCAUUUACUGUUAGCGGGCUGACAGAAGUGUACAAACAGUAAUGCAACAGCACUGGAAAGUGUCAUUUUUGUGAAACUCACCGUCUGUCCAACACAUAAUAUUCCUGCAGAGAAUUUUCACUUUAACUGAUAACCAUAGUAUGGCAGUAAAUGAUUCCUGGGUUAUGUUGUAGUACCUUUAUAUUAAAUGCAACAUUUAGCAUUGUGUGCCUUUACCACACAUUGCAGGUCGCAUUUCCCUGUCAGUGCAUAUUGUGUUCAAAACAUACAUUGGUGAGUCUAUGAGAAAUGGGUAGCAGGCUGUCUAGCUCUGUUAUAGUCUGGGCAUAAAUGGGACCUUGCUGUUUUAUCUUUCAGAUAUAUAUAUAUUGCUUAAAAAAGUGCACAAAUAAUGCGCUCACUUUGAAGAUGUAUAUCAUUGUCAAGUAUUUGUCCUUCAUGCCAUUCCACAAGUGGUUCAGAGUUUUGUGUUUCUUAAACCACGUUUUUGUCUGUACCAGGUUAGCUGUAAGUUACAUUUUUGUCACAUUUCAAAAGGUACAAGCACAGGAAGAUUUGAUGUUUAAAACUUCUUGUUUGACUGGAUAUUGAGAGUAACAUAACUGAUGUCUUGGUACUGAAACCGAACAUUCACCUUGAAAGAGUUUGCCAGUCUGUUUUUUUUUUUUAUACAACAAAGUGGUGCCAGAGAUCUGUGUUUUUAAAUUAGGUUUGCUUCUCUUCAUGUAAGGCAGUAAUGUAGUAUUACAUGAGCUGGGCUCUGGAGAACUGUCUGAAUUUGUCUACACUCGGCAUCCAUUCACUUUAUAAAAUACAACAAUUUCUGGCUGUGGAAUAAAGGAAAAAUAACAUCCUAGGUUUUAUAAUCAGACAUUUUUUUUUCCUUGCAGUUCAGUACUACCCCUUCUAAUUCUUAACACUGCCAGAAAAUUGCUUCUUUGUGCCUUCUGGCAAGGUAUCAUACCUUGUAAAUAUGGACCUUGUGGAAUGAUUCUCUCAGUUCUUGGUUCAUCACUGCUAUACGUGUAAAGUGCUUCAUUGUGUCAUGACUUUUUAUUUUAUUAAAUAUUACCAGUUGAAGUAAAUCUGACAUAUUAUGAGAAAUGUUUAUAAAAAUGACUAAAGAUUUUUGUACCUUGAAAUGACAGUCACUGAAAUGAGAAGGAAUGAGGAAAACUGGUAAUAUAUACUUCCAGUUAUCUGUUAAAAAAUAAAAUGCACAGUAAAACUA